CCCGCGGCUCUCCUCCCCCGGCCGGCUCUCGGGGGGCUCGGACACCCCCGCCCCGGCAGCGAGAAUCGGAGCGCUCCGGGACGGGGGUGGGGUGCCCCUCGGUUCUUCCUCACCCCCUGCUCCCUGAAAGCGCGGAGCGGGCGGGAGCCAGGGCAAGCGGCGGAGGUGUGAGCCCAAAGCCCCGAGCCCGGAGCGCGGCGCACGCCCCCUCCGCCGCUUCGCUCCCCCCGGGGCCUCCGCGCAUCCUCCCCUGCCCAUUGGCUCCGCGGCGGGGGGGCCGCGGCCCUAUAUAAAGGCAGGGUCGGGAGGCUCCAGAAGGGGUUAAAAAAAACCCCAAACAACAAACCCAAAACCCCAAAGACCGCCCGCCCCACCCCAAACCCCGCAGCCGCCUCUGCCACCGGAGCCGCGCUCCCCGCAGCCCGCCGCGCCCGCCCGGCGGGGAGCGCCUCCCGCCCGGCCAUGGAGCGCUGCUGAGCGGCCCCCGGGGCCAGCGGAGCGGAUCAUGAACCUGGUGGGGGGCUACCAGCAUCACCACCACCACCACCAUCACCACCACAUGCUGCACGAUCCUUUCCUCUUCGGGCCGGCGGCGCGGUGCCACCAGGAGCGCGCCUACUUCCCCGGCUGGGUGCUCAACCCGGCCGAGGCCACCCCCGAGCUCGCCGGGCAGAGCCCGAACUACGGCUCCGCCGAGUACGGCCCGGCCGGCCCGGGGCGGCUGGAGGCUCUCAGCGGCCGCCUGGGACGGCGAAAAGGUGUCGGGGGACCCAAGAAGGAGCGGCGGAGGACGGAGAGCAUCAACAGCGCCUUCGCCGAGCUCCGCGAGUGCAUCCCCAACGUGCCCGCCGACACCAAGCUCUCCAAGAUCAAGACCCUGCGCCUGGCCACCAGCUACAUCGCCUACCUGAUGGAGGUGCUGGCCAAGGACAGCCAGCCCGGGGACACCGAGGGCUUCAAAGCCGAACUCAAGAAGGCGGACGGCAGGGAGAACAAGAGGAAAAGGGAGACGCAGCCCGAGGUCUAUUCGCAGCCUCUGGGUCACGGCGAGAAGAAGCUGAAGGGCCGGACGGGUUGGCCCCAGCAGGUCUGGGCUCUGGAACUGAACCCCUGAGAGCUACCCGCCCGCCCCUCCAUGUGCAAUGUCGGAGAGAGCCCAGCCCGGCCCCGGAGCCCAUCCAGGCGAAGGAUACGGGGAGCCGGCCCGGCUGCCCCCCGCCCGGAGGGAUGCUCCGCGGGAGAGAGGCGAGAGCGCUUUGCGGGCUCGGUCCUGCCCGCCUCGUCGGCAGCGGGGACCAGCUGGGCCCUUUCCCCCUGUCCCCUUCCCGCAUUUGCAGUAAUCGUUGCUCCCUCCCGCUGCCAGCAGCGACCCGCGGCUCCUGCCCUGCCGGGCCGGACUGGAGCGGUUCGAUUCGUUCGCUGUUGUAAAUACGAGCCCCCGAUCCCCUCUCCCCGUCCGCUGCCUGACCGACGUGUGGCUGCGGUGAAACUACCUAGAGGUGCAUUUGGGAACACUCCUGUGCCGGGUUUUCUACCUCAGAUCUGCAUGACCACUUCCCGAGGGACCGAGCGCGCCACACCACGUAU